GCCUAAUAUAGAACAGGGAGAUAAUAAUAGAGUUCUGAUGAUUACCCAUUUUUGGAGCCUCCAUCACUCUGUAGAUCAAGUUAUCCUGCAAUAAUGGCAGCUCAAUUUGGAGCCUCUUCUUCUUCUUCCUCUUCUGCUCCCAUUCAGCCAUGGACAUAUCAUGUCUUUUUGAGUUUUAGAGGAGAGGAUACCCGCAACACUUUCACUGGCCAUUUGUACAGCAACUUGGUCCAAAAGGGAAUUAACACCUUCAUAGACGAUGGCCUUAAAAGAGGGGAAGAAAUAUCAAGUUCUCUUCUUAAAGCAAUUGAAGAGUCCAAAAUCUCUGUCAUUGUGUUCUCGGAAAACUAUGCUUCCUCAAAAUGGUGUUUGGAAGAACUGGUCAAGAUCAUGCAGUGUAAUGAAUCGAAGAAACAGAUUGUGUACCCUGUAUUUUACAAGGUAGAUCCAUCACAUGUGCGAAACCAAACUGGUAGUUUUGGUCAGGCACUUGCUCACCAUGAUGAUUUGAAGAAGGUGGCACGGUGGAAGACAGCUCUUACAAAAGCAGGAAAUCUUUCUGGGAGGCAUUUCUCACACGGAGGGCAUGAAUCUGAAUUCAUUCGUAAAAUUGUUGAAGAGAUUUCACAACAAGUAUCAAACCUCACUAAUUUAUAUAAAGACAAAUACUUGGUUGGAAUAGAGUCUCGUUUAGAAAAUAUGGAAAAACUUUUAUGUGUUGGAGAAAGUGGCGUACGAAUGGUAGGGGUAUGGGGCAUUGGUGGAUUAGGUAAAACAACAGUUGCCAAGGCUGUUUAUAAUAAAAUAGUCCAUAAAUUUGAAGGCCGUUGUUUUAUGGAAAAUGUUAGAGAAAGAUCGUUGAAAUAUGGAGGCCUACAAAAACUACAGAAGUUUCUUCUUUCUAAGACUGUAGAUUUGAAAGAUUUAGAGGUAAACAGUCUUGAUGAAGGAAGCGGUAGGAUAAAAGAAAGGUUGAGUCAUAAGAGAGUUCUUAUAAUUCUUGAUGAUGUGAAUGAUUUGGACCAACUAAAAAGUUUAGUCGGAAAGCCUGAUUGGUUUGGUUCUGGUAGUAGAAUAAUCAUAACAACACGAGAUCAAGAUUUGCUACGACGGCAUGAUGUUGAUCAAAUAUACCAAGUGGAGAAAUUUAGUGAUCGUGAAGCUUUGGAGCUCUUCAAAAUUAAUGCAUUCAAAGAAAAUGAACAUAUGAGUGAUUACAUUGAACACAUAGAUAGUGUAAUACGUUAUGCUGAAGGGCUGCCUCUAGUUUUGGAAGUUUUGGGGUCACAUCUACGUGGUAUAAGUAUAGAUACAUGGAAGGAUACAUUGGAGUAUUACAAGAAAAAUCCCAAGCUUCAACAAUUUCUCAAAUUAAGUUAUGAUGCGCUUGAACCUUUGGUGAAGGAAGUUUUUCUUCACAUCGCAUGUUUCUUCAAAGGUGAAAAUAGGAACUAUGUGAUGACAAUUUUAGAAGGAUGUGAGCUACCUAAACAUGGGAUUGAAGUCCUCAUAGAAAAGGCCCUCAUACGUAUUACUAAAGCUAAUGGUAUUUGGAUGCAUGACUUGCUAGAAGAAAUGGGCAAAGAAAUUGUUUGUCAGGAGUCACCGGAGCCAGGAGAGCGUAGCAGACUGUGGUUGUACAAAGAUGUUUAUCAUGCUUUUGUGCAGAAAACUGGUACAAGCAGAGUUAAAGGGAUUAUGGUUAAGGAAGGCAUACCAGAUCAACAAAUAACCUUGAAUAGGGAGAGCUUCAUAAAGUUGAACAAUCUUCAAAUUCUUAUAAUCUCUGAUGACAUAUUCUAUGGGGAUCAUGUGAAGUAUCUUCCCAACAAUUUGAGUCUCCUUCAUUGGGAGGAUUGUCCAUUACAGUACUUUCCAUCUAAUUUUUAUCCCGAGAAACUUGUUGUACUUAAGAUGAGGUUCGGCAAGGCAUUAUCUUCGUGGGGCAUACUUAAGGGAGGUUUUCAACGCAAAAUGCCUUGGAUCUGCACAUCACCAGUGGGGAAGAGACUACAGAUUAUGCCCAAUUUAAAAUCAUUAGUUCUGCAAGAUUGCCAUGCUGUAACAACGUUUUCGGACUUCCCUACAUUCCCAAACUUAGAGGAGUUGAAAAUAAGAGACACUGUUUUUCAGAAAUUUGAAAUCGUGGAAGAGAUGAAAUCCUUAAAAAGGUUGGAUUUAAGUUGGACAUCAAUCAGAGAAUUGCCUUCUUCAGCAAUCCGAUAUCUCACUAAUCUGGAACAGUUAACUUUAAAAGCUUGCGAGAAACUUAAACAUGUGGCGUGCAACAUUUUUGAGUUGCAGCAUCUACAGCUUCUUGAUCUCUCGUUCUGUGACAAGCUGGUUAUAUUUCCAACAAAGUCAGAGUUUUCAACUGAAUCGGCCACUUUACAGGACAAGCACUAUGCUCCGUUAUUCGUCGAUUUGAUGUGUUGCUGGAAUCUUGUAGAAAUUGGAGAAUUUCCGCGAGAAAUAUAUGGCCUAGAUGCGACCAGGUGCCAAAAAUUGAAAAGAAUUUCAAAGUUGUCAAACAUGUUGGAAGGUAAAGACACGAGAAUGAUUCCUCGGAUGAACUUGUCUCAUUGCUCUGCCAUGUACCGCAAUAAGCGGGAUAGUGAGGCAUGGGGGACGGUAAAGAAUUUACCGUAUAACUAUUCUCUGUUUUUCUCAUGUCGGCAAUCGGAGUAUCAGGUCGUCUUUAACUAUGAUUAUGUUCCGGAGUGGUUCACCUGCCGCAUGGAUGUAACAAAUGUAGGACUUCAAGUGUGCAACUUCAGAAUUGAUUUUCCUGGAAAUUUCAAAUGGGAGGACAAAGGGUUGGCUUUCUGUGUUCCGAAUUGUUAUUGGGGGACACAUUUCAGCGUACUCAGAAUCUACAUUAAUGAUGUAUCCAUCGUUGAUGCAUCCGAAAAAAAACACGAAUUUACUUUCGGAUUGGGUGGUGGUUUUGUGUGGACCGUGUGGUUGUACUAUAUGCCAUUUGAUGCUAUAAUAAAGCGGCUGAGAGAGAGUGGGUUACCGCCGCCUUCCAACUGUCUGGUUAAGUUUGAAUUUCAAAUUGAAAGCAUAGAUUUUGAAGUUGACAGGGGGAGAAGCUGCGGAGUCCACGUAGUAAUGCCAGAAGAUGAAGGGCCAUUUGUCCAUCAACUGCUUGAUAAUGGGGACUGA